GCAGCGCCCUCGGCAGAGUUACGAUUUCCAAGCAGUUCUGUCCGGGUGACUGUGCCCAGGUUAUGACGACUAAUCCCAAACCGAACAAGGCAUUAAAGGUCAAGAAGGAGGCGGGUGAGAACGCCCCGGUGCUCAGCGACGAUGAGCUGGUGUCCAUGUCGGUGCGCGAGCUGAACCAGCACCUGCGCGGCCUGUCCAAGGAGGAGGUGGUGCGGCUCAAGCAGCGGCGCCGCACGCUCAAGAACCGGGGCUACGCGGCCAGCUGCCGCAUCAAGCGGGUGACGCAGAAGGAGGAGCUGGAGCGGCAGCGCGUGGAGCUGCAGCGGGAGGUGGAGAAGCUGGCCUCGGAGAACGCCAGCAUGCGGCUGGAGCUGGACGCGCUGCGCGCCAAGUACGAGGCGCUGCAGACCUUCGCGCGCACCGUGGCCCGCGGGCCCGUCGCGCCCUCCAAGGUGGCCACCACCAGCGUCAUCACCAUCGUCAAGUCCCCGUCCGUGCCCUUCUCGGCCGCCUCCUAGUGCCCGUGGCAGGGCGCCGGUGGGCGGGCGGCGGGCACGCCCCUCGUGCUGUCAGCGGGUCCGUGGAAGCAGACCCCCCGCACCCGAGUUCACGCGGGGACUCCGGCGGGGCUCGGGGCCGGAUG